AUGGGGCGGCGAAAGAAGAGCACGAAGAAGAUCGUGGUGAAGAAGAAUACCACGCUCGACAAGGUGUUCAAGUGCCCCUUCUGCAACCACGACAAGGUGGUGGAGUGCACCAUGAACAAGAAGGAAAAGACGGCGCGGCUACUGUGCCGGAUGUGCGACGUGAACUACGAAAUGACAAUCAACUACUUGACGGAGCCGAUAGACGUGUACACAGACUGGAUCGACGAAUGCGAGGCGGUUAACGCGGUCGACGCGGCUGCGGAGGAGCACAAAGAUGACGAGCAGUUCAUCGACGACCAAGAGAUAGCGGAGGGCUAAGAACCAGAACCAGAUUCAGAAUAUGUACAGACCCAAUCGCCACUGCCCCGGGGUUAGGGAAAAUGCUAGUUUCGACAUACAACAACUCGAGUCAACACGUCGGUAGGAUGAGCUCCAGGGACCCCUCAGACGGGAUUUAUUUUGCUUGGUUUGGUUGCAAUGGUUGUGGGGCUACGUCCUGCUUGUGGAAUGAGUUCUGCGAGAUGAAAUAACCCGCCCUCCUGGACAAUCAAGUUCUUGCACCAAUCAUGAGGAGUUGUCUUCGUUGUCGAUUGCCUGUACCCUUACCCUGGGUUGCAGCAGCUUCUUUUUUUUUUCAUUUUCGUUUUUUCAAAGGAAGGCGUCGGUCGUCAUGGUGAUGCUCCCUGUGCAGGGCGCUUUCUUUACGUAGAAGACCAGCCGCUCGUGUCAACUAACGAUGAGUCCGAGGGCUUCGUUGUCAAGGUGUUGCGAGGGAAGAACUGCUGUUGCGUGAUACAUACCUAGAGAGGCAUCGUGUGGCUC